CUCUCGUCUUCUCCAGAAACUUCCAGUCCCUAUAACCUCCGAUACUAUAAAUUCCUUCUACUUCCCCACUUUCAGAAACAAACAACGAAAAUACCAGUGCACAAAAAGCUUAUCCAGCCUACUGUUUCAAAGAGUUAUCUUCUAAGCUAUCAACAUCAAAAUGGAUUUGAGGUUUGUGGGACUCGAUUCGCCGCUUCUGCACGCUCUCCACCACGUGAUCGACGCGGCGGACGAUUCCGAAAAGUCAGCAGCUAACGCGCCGACGAGGACCUACGUCCGAGACGCCAAGGCCAUGGCGGCGACCCCAGCGGACGUGAAGGAGUACCCCAAUUCCUACGUCUUCAUCGUGGAUAUGCCGGGGCUGAAAUCAGGGGACAUCAAAGUUCAAGUGGAGGACGACAAUGUGUUGGUGAUCAGCGGUGAGAGGAAAAGGGACGAGGAGAAAGAAGGGGCUAAGUAUGUGAGGAUGGAGAGACGAGUCGGCAAGUUCAUGAGGAAAUUCGUGCUGCCGGAAAACGCCAACACCGAUGCAAUCGGCGCUGUUUGUCAAGAUGGAGUCUUGACUGUUACCGUCCAGAAAUUGCCUCCGCCGGAACCCAAGAAGCCCAAGACCAUUGAGGUUAAGAUUGCUUGAAGGACUUAAAGAAUCCAUCUCCAAUCUUUGUUAGUAUUGUGCUUGCCGGAGUGAAUAAGUUUCCGUCUUGUUUUGCCCUGUUUUUUUUCCUCCCCUGUUUUUUGGUUCUCUAAUGGAUUAGGGGCUUCUUUAAUUUGUUAAUGCUUGCAAGCAGUGGUUGCGGUAUAGAUGUUGACUACUCUGUAUUGUCAUUACUCAUUACUCUUUGGUUUGGAGAAUGUAAUGGCUUCUAUGGUUAAUUGAUCUCUUCUUGCUUUUGAAUUCUCGUACAAAACCUGCAUUUUAAGCUUUUGGUUAAGUUCCUUAAAGUUGGUCUUCUACGGAGGUAUUUUAUUUCAUUCGAGAAAAGAGUGCAC